CGCUCCUGUCGCCAUUUUGCAGAGCGAAACCCAAAUCGGAAAGGCAGCGGUGUCAGUAGCGGUGCUCACUGUGGUGGCAGGUAACAGAAUUCACUACAAUGGGGAACGUUUUUGAAAAACUGUUUAAAAGUCUGUUUGGGAAAAAAGAGAUGCGGAUUCUUAUGGUAGGUUUGGAUGCAGCUGGAAAAACCACCAUCUUGUAUAAACUGAAGCUGGGAGAGAUUGUGACUACCAUCCCUACAAUAGGUUUCAAUGUGGAGACAGUAGAAUAUAAAAAUAUCAGCUUUACAGUCUGGGAUGUUGGUGGCCAAGACAAAAUCAGACCUUUGUGGCGACAUUAUUUCCAGAACACCCAAGGUCUGAUUUUUGUGGUUGACAGUAAUGACAGAGAGCGGGUCAAUGAGGCCCGAGAAGAACUAACCAGAAUGUUAGCAGAAGAUGAGCUCAGAGAUGCAGUUUUAUUGGUGUUUGUAAAUAAACAGGAUCUUCCCAAUGCUAUGAAUGCAGCAGAGAUAACAGACAAGCUUGGCUUACAUUCCCUCCGCCAGAGAAACUGGUACAUUCAGGCUACUUGUGCCACCAGUGGAGAUGGGCUUUACGAAGGCCUGGACUGGCUCUCCAACCAGCUCAAAAACCAGAAGUGAUUGCAAGCGCCCCGUUCCCUGUGCAUCGUGGCAGAAUUAGCUGGCCUCUUCUGUGUGCAUGUGUGCGUGUGAGGAGCCAAGUGUGGAUGUGUGGCUGGGAGUGGGAGCAGCUUUCUCACACCGUGCCUUAUACAUGCUAUAAGAAAACCAGUCUUAACAUUUUAAGGAAAACCAGUGUUACAUUUUAAGUGCUACCUUCCAUGUCAGUAACUUUGACGAUCAGUGUUGUCGUUGAUGUGAAGUCCAGAGGGCUCAUUGGUGCACGAUAGCCAGCGUGGUCUCGGUGCGGUGGGGGAGGGGGAGGAGAGUCGGCAUGUGGACCGUGUUCAGUUGUGCAGUCCUGGACCUGGCGUUCCUGCGUGCCUAGAGUCCUGUUAGACUUUGGUGUCCUUUUGUGAAAAGUAAGGAAUUCAUUCUUUCCCAUCACUGCCAGAGCUAGCAACUCACUUUUCAGUGCUUUAAAGCAAAUGAUCCUCAAGAAGAAAAGGCACUUGGCUUACUGUAAGUUUGAGGUUCAGAUUUGAACUUUCCCCUUAAGUUAUAUUCUAGCCUAGACUUCCUGGUUUAACAUGCUUUAUUUAAAGGACUCAGUGGUCUUUUUCUUUUUUUAGAGGAUCAAGACUCCGUAACACUAGAAUAUUAUCCAGCCCUUCCCUUACACUGGUUCCUUCCCUUGUUUGCCUCUUACUUGCCAAAUGGAGACUGUGUGGGGUAGUAACCCAGCGGGGAGGCUAAGGCUCUACUGGGGCCUCGCAGCCAAGCAGAGGGUCAGGUUAAGGAAGUAAGGUGAUAGUCGUGUUUGUGUCCUUGCAUCACCACCUCAGGCUUCAGGCUCCUGAGACUGCUGCUCCCACUUCUCUGCUCUUCUGAAUGUGCUGUGCUCGAAGCAGGAGGCUCACUCCUGGGAUGGAAUCACCAAGUACAGUUAUGUUAGCCCAACUUUCAGUUGGUUAGUUUCUGUGCCCAGAACCACUCACCUGUGAGUUCUGAGAGAGUGUGAGAGAAUCAAGAGGUUAGUUUUGGGGACAAGAUUCUCAGCAUCCCUGGUAUUGCCCCUGAGUUGGUGCUAAAUUUUGCUAUGAAAAUUGUGUAGUCUAGACUGCUCUCUGUGGCACUGACCCCCUCUUCUGGAUGGCAAUAAUGUCUUAUGUGGAAAUGUGCUUUAUGAUGUCCUCAAAAUAUUAAUAAAAAUGGUCUGGAGAUGAGCUAGGUUCAUUCAGUAGUCUAGAGCUCUUUUGCCCAGAUAGCUGUUGGCCAGAUUUGUACCCAAGCGCUUCCACUACUUUACCUUUUAAAAUUCCUUUUUCAAAAAAUCUUUAUUCAAAUUACAGAGGAGGGGAACAGAAGGUGAGUUUUAACCUAAGUGAACCUUGUUUAUUGAUAACAAUGAAGUUGAUUUUACUAGGAAGAAAUUUCACACCAUGAUAAAUGUGGAGCAUAAUGUUUUUCUUUAAAAUACUAACUUUAAAGAAUGUUCAUUGCACUACUGGCAACCAAGUCCAGAUGUGAUUUUUAACCAUUUAGUAUUUAGGUGUACACCUCAAAUUGGCAGGGACGGUGUCUCACACUUUUGUACUUAUGCUUAGUACGGUGUACCUAGUACAGCGCUAGGCCUCGUUUAACACUUGCUGAUUGGUUGGCCAAUAAAGAACUUGCUUUGGAAGGAGGAGAGGACAGCCAGGUGCUUCUAAAUGUCUUGAACUACUUUAAAACCCCUUUCCUCCAUCUCAGCAGAUUGCUACUGAAAACUCCCAGGGUACUUGUACAAAAGACAACCAUGAAGGUGCUGCUGCCCUUACACCUGUAGCAUCAUUCCUCUCUGCUGUUCUUCGCGGCACCUUCAACUACAGUCUUACUCUUUCUAUGAUUUUGGAGCUGGUGAGCAGGGUAAGUGAGAGACACUUCAGUGUAGUGACUUUGGACAGAGAUCUGGGCCCCUGAAAGCCAUAUUCACAUCCCAGCUGUGUCCCCCACUAGCUGCUGGCUCAGACCAUUUACUCUUAGCCUCCAUCUGUCUGAGCCUCAGUUUGCUUGACUCUUAAAUGGGGAAUAACAAUACCUACCUAGUAAGAUUGUGAGGACUACAUGUCUCAGACCUUUGUAUGCCUGGCUCUGGUGUUUCCCUAAGGACAUCUUGAUGUCCAAAGUGGCCAGUUCGCUGGCUGCAAACUAAUCAGCGUUACUUACAGGAGAAGGGAAGUGGGAUGGGAUGGGGCUGUAUUUAUUCUCUGUCCUGCUCUGUUCACCUAAUCAGCUCAGUCCUUUUUUUAGCCAUGGUUAGAAUGAGACCAGCUCGUAUGCUUAUUUAAAAAGCACAUUACUAUGUCCACUCUCUCCUCUUUUUUCUUCUUUUUCGCUUUUUUUUUGUUGAAAAUUCUGUGGUUUUUAGUAUAUUCACAGAGUUGUGCGACCACCAGUGCUAAUUGUAAGCUCUUCAUCACUCCGUAAAGAAACCCUGGAUCCAUUAGUGUCACUCCCCAUUCCUGCCUUCCCCCGGCCGCUGACAUCCACUAGGCUCCUUUCUGUCUCCAUGGAUUUGCGUGUUCUGGCGGGUAAGCUGGUGGGUGCUUUAGAACUGCUGGGGUGCCGAGGGCCUGACCUGACGGCAGCAGCUGUCCUGAGGCAUCAGUCUGAGUUAGGAGCCCCAGGGAAGAGCCAUAGUUAGGUGACCAUGGGAUUUAUUAUCUGCAGAGGCAACAGGAUAAUAAUUACGUAGGGAUGACAGGUGAAAAUUGAGAUGUCAUCCUGUAUCAGAAUGGCAAGAGCUCUGAAUCUGGAAUCAGGCUGCAGCUAAACUUAGAGCUCUGCCCAUUCACUAGCUGAGUUGAGCUGGACUACUCAGCACUGACCCUUGAUUUCCUCCCCUGGAAAUGGAAGGUCCCAGGCAUACCCGGGGUGCGGCUUUCUGAAUGCUAAGAGUUUGGGGUGAUGUGGGGGCUCCAUGGGUCAAAGCUGUAUAUUGUGGAUCAUGUCAUUUGAACUGUUUUAAGUAACGCCUUAAACAGGGCUGAGAAUUUGCCUGUGUGUUUCACAGGACAGGAGGGUUUUCCCUCCUGUGGAAGGUUCAAGUGGAAUGAAAUAUGACACCUGGGUCCUUUGUCCAUAGGUAUGUGGCAGAGGUUGUCAGACAGUAUGCAGAGAAUCUGAUGAUACAUGCUGUGGCAAUGCUUUUUAUCCCUUUAAAAUUUUUGAAAUUUUCCACCUUUUUCAGUAGGAGCUUUGUUGAGAACAAUUCACAUUCCAUUCAGUUCACCCUGAAAGUGUACAUGAGUGGUGUUAGGGUACUCAUGGAAUUGUGCAGUCGUCACAGCAGCCAGUUCUGGAACAUUUUCAUUGCCCUGACAAGAAACCCUGUACCUUUAGCAGCCACUCCCCAUUUCUCAUACCCCCCAGUCCUAGGCAACCGCUAAGCACUGACCCUUUCUGUCUCUGUAGAUUUGGGGAGAUGCUUUUUAAACUUUGCCUUUUCACCACUGCUGGUCUCUGAGGAGCACCACACUAAGAAUGUCUCUCCUAUUUUGACUUACUCUUCUCAUCCUCUUUUACACUAAUGCAUGGUGCGGGAAGGGCUCUAGGACGAUGCUGUGGCAAGCAUUGGAUGGAGCCGGAAGCAGAUGGCCUCCCGGGUCCGGCCAGUAAGCAGUUGCUGCUGUGUUUGCCCACUAGGUGGUGCUGAUGCUCCAUCCUGUUGACCCACAGGCAGCCCUGGCUGCGGUGGGCCAUGGGGAUUCCCAUGAAUAGGAGAAUCCAUUUUCUUAUCUGGACACCAAACGUGACCAAGAAAACAGCGACAAUGCCAUAGAUAUGCCUGGAAGAGAAAGGCAAAAUAGGCACCUAGAGCAGAGGACUUUGCCAAUAAUAAAAGCAGCCGCAGGAUUCGCAGCAGUAAUUUUCAUGGUAAAGCAGUAAUCACUACUAUUUAUUGAGCAUACUGGAUACCAUCUAUGUACUUUAUAUACAUCAUCUCUAUAAUCUUCACACCCAGCAAGCAUGUGCAGUACAUAUGCUUUACAAAGGGGUAAACCAAGUUUCAGAAGAGCAAGUGAUUUGCUGAAGGCCAUGUGGUCAUGAUUCAAAUGCGGGUCUGGGCACCAGAGCCCAUAUCCUUUCAGUUUACACUGCUGCUAAUACAUGGACAUUGGCUUCCAGAGCUUGGCAGACAUGGAGGGAAGGAAGCAAAAGUGCCCAGUGGUGACAUCUAGGGAGGGUCCAGAGCCCAGGGAUACUGAGCAGCAUGCAAAGUACCACGCCAGCUGACAUGCAAGGGGGAUGAGUGGGGAAUGAGCAGUGACCGGAGCAGGAGGAGCCGGGGCACAGGCCAGUGGGGAUCGUAGCCAAGGGAGACUUGGACCUACUCUGGACGCUAAUAAUGUUCUUUGGGAAGCAAAAACUAAUCACUAUUGUAAUGGCUACUCAACUGUAUAAAUUUACUAAGAACCAGUGAAUUGUUUGCUUAUAAUGGGUGAAUUGUAUGGUACAUAAAUGAUACCU